CGCUUCCAUUUCUUUUCAAACCCUAAGAACCCGAUUCCCUGCUCAAAACCCUAACCCUAGCCCCCGCCUCCUCUACUCCGCGUCACCCACUGCUCCGCGGCAUCCCUCGCGGUUCCCGCCGUCCGGGGCGCCAGGCCCUGCCACUCGGCCCUUGCGGACCUAGGGUUUCUCCCGAGCUUCUCGUUGCGUUCACUGCCUUGGGCGAGCCGGUGCGGGCGGAUGGUUAGGCGAGGAGGUGGUGGGCGGAGAUGAGAUGAGGUUGCAGCGGCGUUGGGGGUUGUGGGAACUAUGAGUAGGCUCUCGUUCAGACCGCGGCCGCUAGACAUCCACAAGAAGCUCCCCAUCCUCAAGUCUGUGCGUGAGUUCGAGGAUGAGGAGCCAGGGAUCGCACCACUGUCCUCUGCGAGGGCUGGGGUGCUGCUGCGUCACUCAGGAGCUGACUUCACCGCGUCUGGGGCCAACAAUGCCACAGAAGGCGAGGGAAAUCAAGCACUCAGUAAGAAAAAUGCCCAGGAAAUACCUACACCACAAUUUGAUGGUGUUGACACAUAUGAAAGGGACUAUACUCGUACCUUUGCACAACCGACAUCUUAUAUACGUGGAAGAGGAGCCAGGGCUGAGAUCGGUGAAUUUGUCGAGUAUGACCUUGACAAUGAAGACGAGGACUGGCUUGAAGAAUUCAAUAGCGAGCGGAAGAAUAUAAACCCUGAAAAACUUAUCAACAAUGGGAUCAACAUUGUCUUCUCUGCCUUCUUCCCCACCAAAAGCUUCAUCAACAUCACUCACAUCUAUGUCAUCUGGUGGAUCAGGCUCAAUGUUUGGUCUGCCUAGCUUGCGUUGGAAGGUUGCGCCCUCGAAGUUGGAGGCCCUCCUAUUCAAGUUGGAAGUUUUGGACCACAGAGCUCGUGAAAGAGCAGGAGCCAUAACACCAACUUUCAUAGGACCAGUGCCAGUCCUCUUACAGCUAGAUGCUGCUAUGGAGGCUUUGCAGUACUUAUCUGUUCGAAAUGCCGUUUUCCAAGCUGUAUACAACUACUGGAAAUCAAAGAGGGAGCGAUGGCAAAAGCCUAUUCUUCGGCGUUUGCAGCCGCCUCCACCAGUGAAUGAUACAAAUCCAUACAAUGUCUUCAGACCAAGAGAAAAGGCUCAUCGUCUUCAUACAAGAAGGAUGCAAAGAAGGGAAAACAAUAUCCAAUCAUUCGAAAAACUCCGCUUGGUGCGACGCAACUUGGAGCAAGCAAAAGCACUAAUGGAUGCUUUGAUUAAGAGGGAGGAGACAAAGCGGGAGGCCAUGGAGUGCCAAGUUAACCUGCAGCGUGUUCAGAUGAAAUAUAAGCAUGAGGCCCAGCUUGUUGAGGAUGGGACUACCUUGUCUGGCUUCCAGCAAACUUCGAGCAGAUUUGAAUCGAGCGAUGAUGAUGUGGAUUCAGAUGAUACUGCAACUGAACAGACAUACAUACGUCCAGCAGUUUUCCAUCCAAGGUUUUCUGCUAAUAAGCUAUCUGUGAUCCCUCCACUUCGCAUAAAGCGUGAACGAGAGCUAAAAAGGAGACCUCAGCAGAAUGGCUGUGUAUUUAAAAGGAUACAGGAUCCUGAGGAGCCAGUAUUCUUAUUCACAAGACCGCUUGAUCCGGAGAAGUUGGUUGCAGCAGGUAUCAAGCCACCACCAGAUCCUCCUAUUGAGAAUGGUGCCACAUCACCACCAUUUCGGUGUCGAGGUAGGAUUGGACGAGGCGGCCGCAUCAUCUUUGAUCGAUGGAAUCCUCUUCUCCGGACACCAAUUGACCAGGAGACUUAUUAUGUGCCAUACGGUCACAGGCCCCCCUCACCUGAAGGUGCCAAAUUGGCCCUUGGAGAGUCCAUUGUGAGUUGAGCCCAGUGGUUCAUUCUGAUGGAAGGCAGAGAAAGCUCCUUGAUAAGCAGCAGCCUCAGUGGAAGUUCGAGAGCAUAUGGGAUCUCGUGGGGCUAGCAUUUCUUGCUCAGAUGUGGCUUGGUCAUCUUUUUUCACAGCUGUUGUAAAAUUAUUGCAGUGUAGGUGAAAGAGUAGAUCUUUUUGUCUAAUCUUUGCAUUUAGGGUCAGUAUUCAUAUCAUGCUCUCUCAUUUGAUUAUUCAUUUGGAGGAGAGGAAAUCCUUCUCAUUGCUAAGUUCAGCUUUUCUGUAUAAUUCUUCAACACCUUGUUGCAUGCAUUCAACUAAUGCACGUGUGUAUAUACUGAAACCCAAUGUGCAUUGCCCUUUUGUGGCAGAUGUCAUUAGUCAGUAGGUUAGGCAGAAAAUGGGAAUGGAAAGGGGCCAACAAUGUUAUUGAAUCUGUUGCUGAAUGUUGGGUUGGCGCGCAGCUUCCUCUUGUAACCGUGUACAGAUUCAGGUUUUUGUUGUGUAACACCGCCAACAAAUAGCUGGUUAUUGUCAGGACUGCCA